AUGAGUUCUUAUAGAAUUGUUCCAACUACUCAACCAACAGGUAGUCAACCGGCUCCAGGUGAAACUAGAGAAGGAUGGGCCAGUGCCUCACACUCUCUAGCACCUCGACAUCCAUUAGAAAACAGGCUAGCUGAGUGGAAUGAAACUCGAGACAACUUUCAACUUACUAUGCAACGUGAUCUUUAUGGAAUGGGCGCUCCUCUCAGGUUAAUGAUGGAACGUGACCUCGUAAGACAAAAUACGAUCGCCUUGCCAGGACGAGUCCAACCAUCAAAUAUUCAUCUCGAUAUCUUGAUGGGUCGAGAUGAAACUAUCAAUGAAUCUGAUAUGUUUCUACCAAACUUAGAAAAUGGUCCAUCGAAUUUGGGUUCAACUGACUUUCGAUCAGAAAUGGAAAAGAAAUACAAGGUUUGA